AUGCAUCAACAUCCUCGAUCUCCGGCGCCUGCAGCGCCUCCCUCUGCAACCAGGCCGAGCGCAACCCGCUCGGAAGACCGCAGAGAACAAGAUAUCCGCCCGACCUCCCCAGCUUUCGACCCCAGGGUACACAAUAGUAGGGGAUUGGGUAUAGAGACGGAGAGCGGGACACCUGAACCGACACCUACUUCACAACCAGCGAAAGAGGCAAUAACUAAACUCAAUCAGAUCAUCACGAACUAUUUCACAAAGGCGGCUUUAAUAAUCCUGCACGACCGUGUGCACCUUCCGGUGGCUCUUAACAAGGGUACCGACACUCCCAAGAAGAACAGAUGGUUCAACAUUGAGAUAGAAGAUACCGACGCACUCCGCGAACAGCUACUCAUUUGGAGGACAAGCGACACAAUCGAAAACCGACCUCCGCCACUGAUCAUCGAAACAUACUUAGACACGAAAGGCCUUACUAAAAAUCAAAGUCUCGUUGCCUUGGAUGAGCAAGGGAAGCGAUAUGACGUUUUGGAAUCUCUUUCUACGUCUUCAGAGGCACAUGCUGGGGGGCUGCCGUCGUCCAGGUCCGACGAUGUUAUACUAGAAAGGUGGAGAAUUGAACUUGGGAAAAUGUCCAACAAGCUACCGGCGGAUCUUGGCUCCAUACUACCUACGGUAUAUAAGAAGAGCAUCCUCUUAUUCAGAUCGUUGUUCGUCUACUCUAAAUUAUUGCCUGCGUGGAAUUUCGCAAAGCACAACGGGAGGCUUCGCACACACCCGGCCCUACGGCUCAAAUACCGUAUCUUGGUUGGGAAGCCCUAUGCAGAGGAAUCCAAACCGGAUCAUUUGACUAUGCCGCUGUUUGACAGCAGUAAUAAAGUGGUUGAUGGAUACAGCUUUGGGACCACAGAGUCGCCUGCUGGUGAAUUCUCCGUCCAGGUGAUCUAUCGAAAGAGCUGCGAGUUUCGAGUGGAUGAUUCGGAGGCUUUGCUGAGUUCACGAUUCAUGGGGGCCGAUGAUGAGGUCUUCCGCCCGUCACUUCCUAGCCGAGAGUCCAAUGUCAAGGCCGCCAACCCCGAAGUCGGAUCGGCUCCCCUGGAAAAAAGAACUGUCGAUGACCCAGACCCUAGUCGAGCCUAUGGGAGUCUCUCAACAUUUCACCAUGUCGGGCCUACAACAAGUGCGAGUCCAAUUUCGGCUCUCCGCGCCGCCAGAGACUCUGGAGCUACGUCCCCUUCUCCUCCUAGCUCGUCUUCUCGCAAGCCUCUAGCGGUUGCGAAGGCUAGCCCUGUAGGUCGUGCGGCUGUUCUGGCGAACGAGAGUGGCCCCGGCAUUGCCAGGCGAUCGUCUAUAUCUUUCCAGCCGUUCAAAGCGCCGCCGCUUUCCGCGUCACCGUCUCUUGUGGAUCCACCAUUGGGAAUGUCGCCCCGGUCAACAGCUCGCACACCAUUUUCUGAGUCUAAAAACAUGCCACCUCCAUCUAUGGCGGCUUCCGCUCGCAAAUCCUUACCCGGGGCUUGUGAAAAUCCGGUCAGCUCUUCAACUUCUGCGUCUCCUCGACCGGGUCCUAUUGCAAGAUACAGUAGUGCUUUCACCCACCGGCGUGGAAGGCCUUCGUCCGGCAAUAUCAACAAGUUGGAGGAUGACAACUCAAGUGGCAGGGCUAGUGCGACGUCCUCCAACGCCCAGCCUGGCUCUGGUUUACUUGCCGAAGCCACAGGGACGAGUGCAGAUUCCAUACAUGCGGACGAUGAGAACAUUUCAGAGUUCCUAAAGAUGCUAGACUUGAGGAAAGAUCUGCUGAAUCCCUCCAGUUCGGCUUCCGUUGAUGUCACUGCACGCAGAACAACCGCUACUUCCGCUGCAUUGGCAAGGUUCCAGAGGAUGAGAGACUCGAAUGCAGCACUAUCAGACUCGAUGUCAUCGUCGUUGCUCUUACAGCGCUCGUCGAACUCUUCGAGCAAGCAGCUCUCAGGAGUGCCACCGAUGGUAGCCGGUACUUCAAUCUCGACAGCUUCGUCGCCUGGGAAGCCUAUUUCACCCCACACGCCCCACACCCCUGCGAUCCCGUCUCGUUUGAGUUCGAACAGCAUCGUUGACUAUGGGAACGAAAGAGAUACCCACCCUGGACAUGGCUCUCUCGAAGAGAACCCCAGCGAUGGCACGACCAUAGCACAUCAUCGCCCGUCUACAACGACGGUAACUGCCAUUGAUAUCCCUACCUCACCGGCGUUGCCCUUCUCCCCCCCCUACCGCCGGCCCAGCUCUGCUGCUCCUCCCCCACCCCGAGUUCCAGCCGAUGACGAUGAAAUCUUCCCCUUCAAUCUGCGCAGCAUAAGUCUUGGGGCCGAGGAGAGAUCUCAUAAUAGUCUAAGUGCUCUGCAGAGACAGCAUGACCUCGAAGGUGUUAAAGCGAAUGCACAUCAGACACGUAGGGAACAACGUCCUCCGUCUGUGAGUGAAGAUCCUGGUCUAGCACCGAGCUCAGCAGGGAACGAAUUGGGGCCCCAUAAGAGGACGUCUGGGUCCGGGCCCACAGCAGCCUCGUCGCUGUCGAACAAUCAUGUUUACCAACCACGGUUCAGCAUUUCUCGUGGACGGGGAUUGUCGGGUGGACCGCAUUCUCUUAGCUCCGGCUCAAGUAGCCUUGCGCGCGGCAUCCCGUCGUACCUCGCUGAGCGUGACCAUGACCGGGAAGGCAAUGCUAGCGGGAGUAAUAGCGGUAACUCAAUUGUUGAAGACCGCCGAGGGGCUGGGCGACGACCCAGUUCGGGCCGCAACAUCCCGCCACAAUCGCAACUAGAAGAGGAUGAGCCUCUAUUGUUUGCCAUGAGCGACUUCGGUGCCUCCCGGCGAAGCUUCGAAGAAGGCAGGCAUGGCAACCAUGGAGGCGAUGCCUAUUUUUUACCCCGUCAGGAUGGUUACUUUUAUAGACUGACCUGCAAGCGACGCGACCAUGUGCUACCCGGAAAGGCGAAUAGAGGAUGGCAUAAGGGGCUAUUCUCAGGUUUUGUUGUUUUGGUCUAG